AGGAUAUCCUCCUCCCAGGUCGUCGAAACAACAAACCGAACUACGGAGCAAGCGGGUGAGAGAACGUCCGAAACCGCCUCUGACCGCGACUUUUAAACUCUUUUUACAGAAUUUCAGUGGGAUUCAGACGGAAGCUGUAUAACAAUAUUAAAAGUUAAGAUUCUGCCGGGACUAUAUUUCACAACAAGGUCACAUGCACCCUCUCCUGUCUUGUAUUUUCUGAGGAUAUAAAGCCAGUCAUAAGUGGAAGUUAUCCAGAAGAUGUUACAGAAAUGAUAGCACCACCAGAAAUACCAUCAGAGUUCACCUAUACUCACCAGGAUACAGAUACCCGAUUCUCUUCAGACACAGACUUCUCUGAGGAGCUCGAUGGAAGGAGUGCAACCCCAGCCAAAGGAAAGGGUGGAAAGAAGGGGAAGAAAGCAGCAGGGGAGAAAGGCAAAGGAGGGAAGGGAGCGGGCCGGUUAAAUGGCCACCACCAGGAGAAUGGCAUGGAGAACAUGAUGCUGUUUGAAGUGGUGCGGCUGGGCAGGAGUGCUAUGCAGUCCGUCGUUGAUGAUUGGAUUGAGUCCUACAAACACGACCGAGACGUUGCGCUACUAGAUCUCAUCAAUUUCUUUAUUCAGUGCUCAGGAUGUAAAGGUGUGGUCAGUGGAGAAAUGUUUCGAAACAUGCAGAACUCUGAGAUCAUCCGACGAAUGACAGAAGAAUUUGAUGAGGACAGCGGCGACUACCCUCUCACCAUAGCAGGACCCCAGUGGAAAAAGUUCAAGUCAAGCUUUUGUGAAUUCAUUUCGGUGCUCGUGCGCCAGUGUCAAUACAGUAUCAUCUAUGAUGAGUACAUGAUGGACACAGUCAUCUCCCUCCUCACCGGACUAUCAGACUCCCAAGUCCGAGCCUUCAGACACACCUCAACACUGGCAGCCAUGAAGCUGAUGACAGCCCUGGUGAAUGUAGCUCUGAACCUGAGCAUCAACAUGGACAACACUCAGCGCCAGUACGAGGCGGAGAGGAAUAAGAUUGUGGCCAAAAGAGCUAACGACAGGCUGGAGCUGCUCCUGCAGAAACGCAAAGAGCUCCAAGAGAAUCAGGAUGAGAUUGAAAACAUGAUGAACGCCAUAUUCAAAGGAGUGUUCGUUCACCGAUAUCGCGAUGCGAUAGCAGAAAUCAGGGCGAUCUGUAUAGAAGAGAUCGGCGUGUGGAUGAAACUCUACAGCGAUGCCUUCCUCAACGACAGCUAUCUGAAGUAUGUGGGGUGGACGAUGCACGAUAAGCAAGGCGAGGUACGCCUGAAGUGUCUGACAGCUCUGCAGGGUCUCUACUACAACAGAGAGCUCAAUGCCAGACUGGAGCUCUUCACCAGCCGCUUUAAGGACCGCAUCGUCUCCAUGACUCUUGACAAGGAGUACGACGUGGCAGUACAAGCGAUUAAGCUGCUCACUCUAGUCUUGAAUAGUACGGAUGAAGUGCUGACUCCUGAGGACUGUGAGAGUGUGUAUCACUUGGUCUACUCGGCACACCGGCCCGUCGCCAUCGCAGCUGGAGAAUUCCUCUUCAAGAAAUUGUUCAGCACGCGAGAACCAGAGGAGGAAGGGGCCCCCAAGAGGAGAGGCAGACAAAGCCCCAACGCCAACCUCAUCAAGACCACCGUCUUCUUCUUCCUGGAGAGCGAGCUCCACGAGCAUGCGGCCUACCUGGUGGACUCUCUGUGGGAGUGCGGUGCAGAGCUACUGAAGGACUGGGAGUGUAUGAUCAGCUUACUGCUGGAUGACCCACUGCCGGGAGAGGAAGCUCUCACAGACAGACAAGAGACGGCCCUGAUUGAAAUCAUGCUGUGCACUGUACGCCAGGCUGCCGAGUGCCACCCACCUGUUGGAAGAGGAACAGGGAAGAGGGUGAUGACAGCUAAAGAGAAGAAGACUCAGCUGGAUGAUAAGACCCGAAUGACAGAGCUUUUUGCUGUGGCUUUGCCCCCUCUACUGGCCAAGUACGCCAUGGAUUCAGAGAAGGUCACUAACCUCCUGCAGCUGCCUCAGUUCUUCGACCUGGAAAUUUACACCACAGGACGUCUAGAAAAGCACCUGGAAUCCCUACUGCGUCAGGUCAGGGAGAUUGUGGAGAAGCACACAGACACUGAAGUGUUGGAGGUCUGCUCCAAGACUUACCACGCCCUCUGCAACGAGGAGUUCACCAUCUUCAACAGGGUGGACAUCGCCCGCUCCCAGCUGCUGGACGAGCUGGUGGACAAGUUCAACCGGCUACUGGAGGACUUUCUACAAGAGGGUGAAGAGGCCGAUGAAGAUGAUGCUUAUCAGGUUUUGUCAACUAUAAAGAGGAUCACGGCUUUCCACAACGCACAUGACCUGUCGGGGUGGGACCUGUUCACCAGCAACUUCAAGCUUCUCAACACGGGCAUAGAGAAUGGAGACAUGCCCGAGCAGAUAGUCAUCCACUCUCUGCAGUGCACCCACUAUGUGAUCCUGUGGAACCUGGCCAAGUCAUCUGAGGGCAAUUCCAAAAAGGAUGACAUGAUGACCCUGAGGAAGCAGAUGAGGGCGUUUUGUAUGAUGUGUCAGCGCUACCUCACCAAUGUCAACACAGCCGUCAAAGAACAGGCAUUCACCAUCCUGUGUGAUCUCCUACUCAUCUUCAGCCACCAGAUGGUGUCCGGAGGCAGGGAACACCUGGAGCCUCUGGUCUAUUCCCCCGAGGACUCGCUGCAGGCUGAGCUGCUCUCCUUCAUCCUGAACCACGUCUUCAUAGACCAGGACGAUGAGACAAACAGCACGGAUGGGCAGCAGGACGAUGAGGCGGUAAAGAUUGAAGCACUGCACAAGAGGAGAAACCUCCUCGCUGCCUACUGUAAGCUCAUCAUCUACUGUGUGGUGGACAUGAAGACGGGAGCGGACAUCUUUAAACAGUACAUGAGGUAUUACAAUGAUUAUGGAGACAUCAUCAAGGAGACUAUGAGUAAGACUCGGCAAAUCGAUAAGAUUCAGUGUGCCAAGACGCUCAUCAUCAGUCUGCAGCAGCUCUUCCAUGAAAUGCUGUCUGAACUGGGCCACGGGUUCGACCGCUCCUCCUCUUUAUUCUGUGGAAUCAAAGAGUUGGCUCGUCGCUUUUCUCUAACUUUCGGUCUCGACCAAGUGAAAACCAGGGACGCUAUCGCUAUGCUUCACAAGGACGGUAUCGAGUUUGCAUUUAAGGAUCCCAGCACCCAGGGGGAAGGAGGCCCUCCUCUCAACUUAUCUUUCUUAGACAUCCUCAGCGAGUUCUCCUCCAAGCUCAUGAAACAAGACAAGAGGACUGUCCACAUGUACCUGGAGCGCUUCAUGACGUUCCAGAUGGCGCUGCAGCGGGAGGACUGCUGGCUGCCCCUCAUCUCCUACAGGAACUCCCUGCAGGCCGGCGGCGAUGACGACACUAUGUCGGUGAUGAGCGGCUACUCGAGCAGAGGAUCCUCAAUCCGCUCCAAGAAGAUUAAACCCCCGGCUGUUACAGCUGGAACCUCGGCAGCCAAGAGGAAGCUGCCAGAAGCAGAGGAGAGCAGCAGCAGCGAGGUGUGGCAGCAGAACAUGCAGACCCCCGUCAUGUUGCCGUCCCCGCACCUCACUUCCACCGCCAUGCGAGACCCUAAGAGGGUACGCGAUGACAGCUUCAUGGGAGUGUACCCCCUCCCCCACGACCAGCCGCAGCCCCAUCAACACCCGCAGCCCCAUCAACAGACGCCGCAGCAACCCCCCCUGGACUACAAUUCCCAGGUGACGUGGAUGCUGGCUCACAGACAGCAGGAAGAAGCACGCCAGCAGCAGGAAAGAGCCAUGAACUACGCCAAGCUCAGGACCAAUCUGCAGCACGCCAUUCGUCGCGGCACUGGGCUGAUGGAGGAAGACGAAGAGCCGAUCGUGGAGGACGUGAUGAUGUCAUCCGAGGGCCGCAUGGAUGACCUCAACGAAGGCAUGGACUUCGACACCAUGGACAUCGAUCUGCCGCCCUCGAAGAACCGCCGUGAAAGAUCUGAGCUCAAGCCGGACUACUUUGACCCUGCCUCUAUCAUGGAUGAAUCGGUCCUUGGGGUGUCCAUGUUUUAAGCUAAUAUCCAGAUGAUUUUGACGCUGGGACAGCAGAAGAGGCGCUUUGUAUUUAAAGAGAAUUUUAGAUGCGAAAACAAAAGUGUUUUCUGUAAGAAAAAUCCAAAACUACAAAAAAAAAAGAUCUGGCUUGUACUCCACGUGGACCAACGACAACCCACACUCAGUGUUGCUUGCUCAGAGAGGACAUUGUUUCAAAUAUUUACUUUUAUAAUCUUGGGUAAGCUCUUCCUGUUCGGAAAUAGUGUAACAGGCCACUUCCAAACCUAUUUAGAAAUGAGACGUGUCUGAAGAAAAUCCAUCAUAGCUUUUUUUUUUUUCUCCUCUUUCCUUUUUUUAAACGGGGAUGAAUUGGUGUGUUUAACUUAAGAUACAUUAUUUUGUUCAUGUCUAACCCUUUUUACAAUUGUAGUAAGUUACCAGGUGUGAAGUAGUAAUUUAUAAACAGACUGUAGUAGCUUGCUUGUACUGUGUUAGCCAAGUGGAUGGAGGUCUUUAUGUUUCUGUGCUCCUUUUCCCCCCCCCCUCCCUCCAUCACUUCCUCCUCCCUGUUGUUGGGCCUGUCCUGGCUCCUGGUAACCACUGGCGGUUAAGACGGUGCGGUGUCACGUAGAAUCAGUCCCUUUAUGCUGUGAAGAUUCCCCUCACUGUUAAGCAGUAAGUCCUAGAGCUUACCCCAAGAUUUGGACCACUCCUUAACCCUCCAUCUACUAGAGAAUUGUGCCCCCCUCUCCUAACAAAGAGCAGAUUUUUCUCCCAGUAGUGCCACUGUGUGGGCUCUGGCAGACAGCAGCUCACUCAAAGAAUUACACAUCUCUUUUUUUGUUUCUUCUCUUCAAAAUCCAGCAGCAUAAUGUUGAAAUGGGUAUCUCUACAUUUUAAAUAAAAGUUAUAUAUGAAUCGGUGCUGAUUUUAUAUAUGUGCUUUUGGUUUUUCUUAUUUUCAACCUUCAGUCACAAAGUUUGAGAAAUGUAAGUAAAACUAAAAAAAAAAAAAGUAAAAAAUGAAAGCAUGUGAAGCCAUGCGUCAAGGAAGAUUUUUAAAUUUGUAUUUUUAUGUUUUUUCUUUUUUUGUCUUGAUAAUGUCUUCGGGGGUUUCUACCUUUUUUCCUACAUGUAAAUUAGUUUGGAUAAAACUAAUGAAAAGACUUGUGAAAUUCAGCUUUAAGGUUUUUCUCAACAUUAAAAGGUCCUGUCACAAAAUACUUAAAAUGAUUUCAAAGUGAAAGGUAGUCAUUAAGACAAUACUGAAGAUGAGAGUUAUUCAGCAGCGCUGUGGCAGCUAGACAAAGCUUAGAUUUUGACAUAUAUUUGUCACACAAGUUUUAAUGAAAUGUUUUGUCUACUGAGGUUUUUAUUUUGUAGUCAUUCCAUGCUUAAGCCUUAAACAUGCUUGUGAAGGUCACCUUCUCUCACAGUAAUCUUCCAUGUCAGAGGAUCGGUCAUGUUUAAAGGUGGAUAAUUGGCUUCUUAGAACAUGAAACAUGAGGUGGUCAGAUGUAAUGUGAUAAAGUAGAUGAACAGCCUAUAUGUGUUUUGCCUAAUUAUUUUAUGUAAGUAAAAAAGAAAAUUCUUUUAAGGAAAAAGUACUGUUUAUUGUUUGUUACUUACCACUACAUUGGUAUAAAUUCUUAUUAGAUCAUGUGUAUAUAUAUACAAAAUUUUAAUUUCUUUUACCUUCCUUUUUUGGCCAUUUCUGUGUUUUUUGUUUUUUUUUCUGCACUCUUGCCUACACUCUAAGUUGUUGUCUAUUAUCCCAUCCUCUUUCAGUCACUCUGUUUCUGAUUUGUACUUGUCUGGAGACAGUAACUUUUGAAUAAAAAUCAACACAUUUCA